GAGGGCCCGCGGGUUUCCUCCAGCUGGGGAGGACGCAGAGCGGAGGCGGAGGCCGAGGAGGUUCCAGGCCCGAGGCCCGGCGGGCCGGGGCGAGGGAGACGCGCCCACCAUUCGCCAUCCGGGGCGCGAGCGGUCCUCUAGGGACCUCGCCGGCGACCCGUAGCUCGGGCACGCGCCUGUCGCAGCCCGCAGGAAGGAGGGGUCCGGCCUGAGGCCCAGGGCGGCGGCCGCCAUGGAGAUCCCCUCGGCCCAGGGCCGGCGCCUAGGGCCUUGGGGGCGGCCCUGACCGCCCGGGUCCUCCCUGCCCGGACCGGGUCGCGGACGUGCCCCCUGCGGCAUUCGGCCACCUCUGCGUCUCCGCCCUCCCCGGGCCGCGCUGCUGCCUGGGCGCGGCGGCGGCGACGGCGCCCUGUUGAAUGGGCUGUGAGGGCCCAGGUUUGAAGCGCUGGCGAACGCGGCCUCCGGGGGCGCAAGGCAGCAGCAGCGGUGGCGACCAAACGGGUGUUGGAGUUGGCGGCGGCCAUGGAGGGCCUGGCUGGCUAUGUAUACAAGGCGGCCAGCGAGGGCAAGGUGCUGACCCUGGCCGCCUUGCUUCUCAACCGGUCUGAAAGCGACAUCCGCUAUCUGCUGGGCUAUGUCAGCCAGCAGGGAGGGCAGCGCUCCACGCCCCUCAUCAUCGCGGCCCGCAAUGGGCACGCCAAGGUGGUGCGCUUGCUGUUAGAACAUUACCGGGUGCAGACUCAGCAGACGGGCACCGUCCGCUUCGACGGGUAUGUGAUUGAUGGCGCCACUGCUCUGUGGUGUGCAGCAGGAGCUGGACAUUUUGAAGUUGUUAAACUUCUAGUCAGCCAUGGAGCCAACGUGAACCACACCACAGUAACUAACUCGACCCCCCUGCGGGCGGCAUGCUUUGAUGGCAGACUGGACAUUGUGAAAUACUUGGUUGAAAAUAAUGCCAACAUCAGCAUUGCCAACAAAUACGACAACACCUGCCUGAUGAUUGCAGCGUACAAGGGACACACUGACGUGGUCAGAUACCUUUUAGAACAACGUGCCGAUCCCAAUGCUAAAGCACAUUGUGGAGCCACAGCCUUGCACUUUGCAGCUGAAGCCGGGCACAUAGAUAUUGUGAAAGAGCUGAUAAAAUGGCGUGCUGCUAUAGUAGUGAACGGCCAUGGGAUGACGCCAUUAAAAGUAGCUGCCGAAAGCUGUAAAGCCGAUGUCGUCGAACUGUUACUCUCUCAUGCUGAUUGCGACCGAAGAAGUCGGAUUGAAGCUCUGGAACUCUUGGGUGCCUCCUUUGCAAAUGACCGCGAGAACUAUGACAUCAUGAAGACGUACCACUAUUUAUAUUUAGCCAUGUUGGAGAGGUUUCAAGAUGGUGAUAACAUUCUGGAGAAAGAGGUCCUCCCACCAAUCCAUGCUUAUGGGAAUAGAACUGAAUGUAGAAAUCCUCAGGAACUGGAAUCCAUUCGGCAAGACAGAGAUGCUCUUCACAUGGAAGGCCUUAUAGUUCGGGAACGGAUUUUAGGUGCUGACAAUAUUGAUGUUUCCCAUCCCAUCAUUUACAGGGGAGCCGUUUAUGCGGAUAACAUGGAAUUCGAACAGUGUAUCAAGUUGUGGCUGCACGCCCUGCACCUGAGACAGAAAGGUAACCGGAAUACCCACAAGGAUCUUCUUCGAUUCGCUCAAGUUUUCUCACAGAUGAUACAUUUGAAUGAAACUGUGAAGGCCCCAGACAUAGAAUGUGUUUUGAGAUGCAGUGUUUUGGAAAUAGAACAAAGUAUGAACAGAGUAAAAAAUAUUCCAGAUGCUGAUGUCCACAAUGCUAUGGACAAUUAUGAAUGUAAUCUCUAUACCUUUCUGUAUUUAGUGUGCAUCUCCACCAAAACACAGUGCAGUGAAGAAGAUCAGUGCAAAAUUAACAAGCAGAUCUACAACCUGAUUCACCUGGAUCCCAGAACUCGGGAAGGUUUCACCCUGCUGCAUCUAGCUGUCAACUCGAACACCCCGGUUGAUGAUUUCCACACCAAUGAUGUCUGCAGCUUUCCAAAUGCACUUGUCACAAAGCUCCUGCUGGACUGUGGUGCCGAGGUGAAUGCAGUAGACAACGAGGGGAACAGUGCCCUUCACAUCAUCGUUCAGUACAACAGGCCCAUCAGUGAUUUUUUAACCUUGCACUCUAUCAUCAUCAGCCUGGUUGAAGCUGGCGCCCACACUGACAUGACCAAUAAACAGAAUAAGACUCCGCUAGACAAAAGUACAACUGGGGUAUCUGAAAUACUACUUAAAACUCAAAUGAAGAUGAGUCUCAAGUGCCUGGCUGCCCGAGCAGUUCGGGCUAAUGACAUUAACUACCAAGACCAGAUCCCCAGAACUCUUGAAGAGUUUGUUGGAUUUCAUUAAGUGACUGGAUAUGUAAAAUCGUUUAAUGUGGUGCUAAAAAGUAAAGGACUUUAAUCACAGACAAUAGAAUUAUGUGUUCAUAAAUUCUGCUUUUCUUUCCAUUACCCUUCCUCCCUACCCAUCCUUCCUUAGUUCUGUAUUUGGUCUUUUUGCCUCAUGAUGUUGACUGAUCUCAAAUACACUUUAAACAACGCCACAUUGUUUAGGUGUAACUAUAAUCUAAGGUGUCUGGAUAUUGGUCACUUAAUCUUUCUUUCUUUCUUUCUUUCUUUCUUUCUUUCUUUCUUAAUUGAAGUAUAAUUGAGAUACAUUAUAUUAGUUUCAGGUGUACAACAUAAUGAUUUGACAUUUGUAUUUUUUUUUAAGGAAUGAAUAUAAAAUAUUUUAUGUAACAAGGGACGUUUAUGAUUUGAAGUCAAUGUUUUAAAAACUGCCUACAAAAGUAUUUCUGUUAAGCCUGUGUCAGCGUGUUAUCCUUGCAGCAGUUUUGAGGAUUUCAUGAAGAAGAACAACUAAAAAGGACCAUAAGAGUAAUGGGAUACCCCGGUGUUCUGCGUGUGCCCAACUGCUGCACGUAGGUUUUGCUCUUCCAAUAUUUAUGCGGAGUGAUACGGCACAUCGUAACAUCAGGAGGAUUUCAAAAAAUACAACUGCAGAUUAAUCUGAAAAUGUGCUAAUUUCAUAAUAGUUAUAAAUGUAUCAAGUUAAAUCCAUUGGAAUUAUUGCAUUAUGCUGGGUGGUACACACAAAGGAAUAAUAGUCUUAAAGCAAUUUUUCAGAGAAUAUCGAUGGACUCUUUGCCGUCAGGCUUAAAUUCUAAAAUUCUUUGGUCUCUGUUUUAAGGUAACUUCUCUAAAUUGCAGCAGCCUGCGUUUGAACUCAGCUCACAGACAUGUAAAAAUUAUGAAUACUGUGUUUUCUUAUGAAACAAAUUGUCACAAUAUAGUUACACCUUCUAUUUUUGUCCCUUUCUCCCUUUCCUCCUGUGUGGUCUCUUUUAAAAAUUGGAAACUACUUUUCCAGAGGGCACUGUUUGUGCCCCCCUCAUAAGGUGUUUAUGAUGGAUGAAAAGGAACAAGGAUGUUUUUAAUUUUUUCACUUUCUUUGUCCCUUAUAAUUAGUAGAAAAAUCACUAGUGUGGUAUAGGAAAUGAAAUGUUUUUGAUGAUAAAAGUAAUUUGCAAUGCUGUCUGGAUGGUAUUUCUGUCUGAGAGCUGAAAGUUCAACCACAAAAUGUCACUGAUUCUGAUAGGCUGUGCAGAGGUCUUUUUGUUUUGUUUUGUUUUGAUGGCAGCAUUUUAAGUGUCAGACUAAAAGUAUUCUGUGAUUAUCUUUUAAGCAUCACAGAAAUUCAAGUAAAGGGUAUACACCUAUUUCUAUUUCUAUCGAUGUUAAAAAAUGAUAAAGUAAAAUGAGCUAUAUCUGUAUUUUUUCUCUCUAGUGCCAAAUGAAUGCCUUAGCUACUCAUAGUGCAUGGUACUGUAAGUGAAGACCAGCUUUUUUUUCGUUAAUGAAAAGCAUUAUGAUGCUGUAACAUCAGCUAUAAACUAAAAAAAAACAAAAACAAAAACAAAGAAACCCUAAAUCUGUAUGGUUUCAAUGAGCAUUUUAUGUCUGCAUAUUGUUUGGUGAAGUAUAAGAGAAAGGUUGCAGUUGAAACAGUAUAAAGCAUAAAUGACCAAGCCAAAAUUAGCACCUAGGGCCUUAAAUAAAAGAUACCCCACAAAAUGAAAUAGUUUGAAGGGUGGG